AUCAAAACAAGGGUGGACCUACAUACAUCUUCAAUUACAGAAUUAUCUAAUUCUUCAAUUAAUUAGGCAUGUAAGGAUGUUUUUACUUGUACUUUAAUUUGUUGGUCAAAUUUUAUUUUUUAUAUUUUUGCAUAAAGAUUUUAUUUUAUAUAUAUAUUAUAAUCCAUAAAUAAUUAUAUUUUAUUCAUUUAUAAUUAAAAAUAAUAAUAUUCCUUCCACAUUAUCGAAAUUGUUAUCGUUUUACUUGGACUAAAGCAGAUCAGACCAGAUCGAAGCAGAUCAGACCAAAUCAUAUAAAUACAGAGUCUUCUUCCAGACCAUCUGCCGUCUAUUUUCAGGCAUUUAUAUGAGAAGAUGCUUCAAGAUGGAGGUAAUAUGUCAGUCCAAUUUGGCACGUCUGCUGCAGUACCAGUACCAUUGAAACCCUCAGAUGAGUCUAUUACAAGGAGGUCUCGCUACAUAGCAGAUCUUUUGGGUGUUGGUUUGCCUGGACAAAUCACACUAAUCCCUUAUAAUACAUGCAAUCAUUGGGUGUUGGUAGCCAUUGAUGUUGUGCCAUGGACAAUGUACUAUUUGGACUUAAUUGGAAAGAAUCCAUCAGAAGAUAUGUCACUAAUUGUGAACCAGGGAGUGAAAAUUCAUCACGCUUCAGUUUCAAAGAAGAGGUUAUCUCUGAAUUGGGUUAGAGUCAUGGUAUGUUCUUCAUUGCUCUAAAUUGU